CCUGAAGUGGCCUGUAAAGCCAACCUUAGCCAUCGCUAAUCUCCUGCUCAGUUGCCUUCUCCUGCGCUUUGCCGCUGUUCCCGUUUGGAUCUGCAGGCCAUGCCCGCCCUCCAGCUGCCGCCCGACAGCAGCGUCACCUCGAAGCCGGGUUCAAGCCACCAACAGUCUCUACUGUUUCACCCGCAUAUAUACGUAGCGCUCGCCGUCCUUGCUGUCGUCCUUGUUCUUCGCUUCAUCUUUCGGCGCCUCCCAAAGUCAUUCUGCCUGUGGUCCGACCGGUCCGUGCAAUUUCGGGCUAGGCAGCCGGGAUCCUCGAAGGAUUCUGGAUCGUGCGAUUGGGAUUCAUCCGCUCCAGCCUCGGCGACGGUCAUCUCCAGAUCUUCGUUGCCAUUCCAGGCUCCGAUUUUCGAGAAGGAAGCGCAGACCGUUUGGGCAGCGGGCCUACUAGACCCCCCUGCUUCUCCAGCGCGAAUCGGGUUUGUUGCUGUGCCGGGGAUGGGUGGGCAGCUGAAGGAUCAAUCCAGGUCACGUGGAGUCAGCACCGGUGCCACAGACUCGAGACAACAACCACCCCCCCUCUCGGCCCAUGGACUUCGCCCGGAGAGGAGAAUCAGUCGUUCUCCUAGGGCUUCGCGGGCGCCCUCUUCGUCCCGGACACGUAGCACCUGUUCUGAUGGGCCCUCGGACGGAAGAGGCAGCGCCAUGGCAGACGACAGCCGGCCAGGCCUUCUCCAGCCGGGCUCCAUGAGCGGAGACGGGGUGCUUGAACAGCAUUUCGGUGGCGACAACACAGGCCUGGCGGCGGCCGCAGCAGGCGGUAGCGGUCUAGAUCUAGACCGCGCCGCCCCGAGACAGUUCUCCCGGCCACCUCCGCCGCCUCCCCUGACGCCGCCGACCCUCUCCACUGCCAUGUUCGCAUUUGAAGAUCGCCGGCCCCAUUACGCGGUCUCCAUCCCUCCCCAACUGGACACAUCCUUCAUUCACCAACCAAAUCCCGAUUAUAUUGCGUCGUCAACGUCAGCGGAGCUCAGCUCCAGUCCUACGAGUGUGGUCACGACGCCAAGGAGGCGGUCCUACACUAAGACCGUGCCGAUUGGCAUCCCCAUCUCUUCGGGGUCGGCUUCUUCGCCUCGGUCGCAAGAUAGUUCCGCGUCGUCGGAACCGUUCUCGCCAUCGUCGUACCCGCCAACAUCUCCUCGAUUGCCGCCACCUCCGCCAAGCCUGUUCGAUGACUUCAGAUACGAGCAUGAUGGGCAGCCGCAAGAGAUUGACCUGCAAGGCGAGAUCAUCUCCGUCAUGGACGAUGCGGGACACGGGUGGAAGAGGCACACCAGGGUCUAUGGCGGCGGUGUCUGCUUGGCAUGCAUGGCGGCUGGAGGCCAAGGAGGAUUUUAUGGAGACAAGGUGCCUCCCGAGGAACGGCGGUAGCAGGACUGUGAGACUGUGGGACUGUGGGGAGAGAGGAAGAGGCAGGAAAGUCGAAGGAGGGCCAUGGGCUGCAAUUAGAGGAACGGUGCGCCGUCAACCGUCCACCACCAGACGCCACGCCGUGGCGCCGAAACCGCGACACGAAAGAAGUCGCAAGGCAGCAAACAAGCCCACGGGAAUAUUACGGCGCAUUUUCAGGCCAGUUGGCCUUGUUAUUCAUAAUGUGUUACGACCUACCUUUAUUCCUUUAUGUUCACCUAUUGGUAUUUUCCCCAAGUUUCGUCUUUGAUCUAUCUGCAUUGG